AUGGUUUCGAACGUUUGUCCUGUCGAUAGUGACAAUCAAUUCAAGAUUCCAGUCGAUGUUGACUGUCGAGCAUUUGACUUCACCUUGCUUUUUGAAGACGCCAUUUUCAGUAUUUUGCCGUCAGUCGCUUUCUUACUGUGGCUCAUCCCUCGACUCGAGAUCCUGCGACGGUCACCCGUGAAGUCCAACUCUCUCAAAUUUGCAAUCUAUAAAUCGAUCAUUUUUACGGUGUUCCAAGUGCAAACCGUAGCCCUACACACCAAGAUCUCGACUCCGGCAGCGGCGAUUAACAUAGCCGCAACCCUAGCAGCAAUCAUCCUAUCCUUUCUCGAGGAUCAACGAGCAAUCCAGCCGUCUGACACGCUCAUCGUUUAUCUUUCGGCCUUGUCUAUUCUCUACAUACCUCACUUGCGCACGUUAUGGCUCAUCCCCUCUAUUCCAGUUCCCCGAGGACUGUUCACGGCCAUCUAUAUUGUUGUUAUCAUGACUACCGUCCUGGAGUCCACUCGGAAAGUCAAAUUCAUCCAUCCGCUCUACCAAGAUGUUGCAGUCGAGGAGAUUCACGGAUUCUGGGGACGCAAUCUCUUUGCCUGGGUCCUCCCGCUGUUCCGGGACGCCUAUAGAUCUAUUAUCUGCCUGGACGACUUGCCAGAUGUAGACUCCACGUUGCUGGGGCGAUGCGCAGAGGUGCGCCUGGCGCAGUCCUGGUCCAACGCCCACGGGAAGUACCGACUGAUCAAAGCGAUCUUUCGAGCGUACUAUCGGCCCCUUAUCUCCGCGAUCGUCCCGCGGAUUCUCCUUGCAGGAUUCACCUUCUGCCAGCCCUUUCUGCUUUCGGUCACCAUCGAGUGGAUGAGUUCCCCGACGACCGCGGAAAGGCAGCGAUACGGACAUGCACUGGUCGGGGCAUAUGCGCUCGUCUACACCGGAAUCGCCGUCUCCACGGCGAUCUACUACCGCCAGGCUAGCCGUCUGGCGACGGCCGUCCGCUCAGGCCUGGUUGCCAUGAUCUAUGAGCAGACUCUGGCGCUGCGAAGUACAACCGACUCAAAAACUGGGGACGCGGUCGCCCUCAUGGGCACGGACAUGCCACGUAUCAUAUCGAGUAUGCGGUCUCUGCAUGAGAUCUGGGCCUCUCUGUUCUCUGUGGUGGUCGCUAUCUGGCUGCUAGAGAGUCAAGUGUAUGUCGCUUGCGUGCUCCCGGCCGUCAUCACCUUAGGGUGUAUUCUUGCCACUACCCCGGUAUCUGCUAGAUGCGGAGAGGCACAGAAGAAGUGGGUGGGACAUAUCCAGGAACGUCUAGCGGUUACAACCGCGAUGCUCGGGGAUAUGAAAGCUGUCAAGAUGAUGGGGCUUGAAGUCGUCUUGUUUGAUAUCAUUACUCGGUAUCGGAAGGUUGAGCUCGGUGCCUCUAAGCGAUUUCGAAAGCUUAUUGUGGGAGUCGUAAUGCUAUGUAAGUCGGGUUCUUUGAAAGAGAGAAAAUAUUGUAGAAAAUCACUAACUAAAAGGAUUCUGCCUUGGUUAGCUUCUGUUUCUGUGGACCUUUCACCGUAUGCGGUCUUCCUCGUGUAUACGAUUAUAGCUGUGACCAAGCACGAUGCGCAGGUCCUCACUACGCAGGCAUUCACAACACUGUCUCUUAUCUCUAUCUUGACAACUCCUCUGAUGGGGUUCAUCCAGUCGCUGCCCACAGUAACACAGUCUAUCGGCUGCUUCGAUCGGAUUCAGAAUUAUUGCCUGCUAGAAAGGUCAAGUGAAUUGGUUCCUGCCCAGACGAAAUCUGAAUUUUCGACGGGUGAUAGUGUGGAACUUUCCAAGCUGUCUGUGGCUACCAAGGCACCUGGAAUAUCAGUUUCGUCCGACAAAUUCGUGUCAUUCCAUAACACAUCCAUAUCUUGGACAGCUGAAAGCUCUGCUGUUCUUCACAACCUAACUCUGUCCAUUCCUACAGGUAAGAUCACCAUGGUCGUGGGUUCAGUCGGGUGCGGAAAAUCCGCUCUUCUGGAUACGAUCAUGGGCCAGACUCAGAUUGACCAUGGCACUAUGUACCUUGGCUCGGGAAAUAUAGCUUAUUGUCCGCAGACCACUUGGAUUCUGAACGGCUCCAUCCAGGAUAACAUCACUGGGUGGACGGCAUUAGAUCAGAAAUGGUAUGGUCUUACCAUCUCGGCUUGUGGGCUCGUGGACGAUAUCCGCAAAUUCCCUCAAGGAAGCAUGCAUAUUGCUGGCAGUAGUGGAAUAUCUCUCAGCGGCGGGCAAAAACAGCGAGUGGCUCUUGCGCGCGCAGUCUACUCUCGCCUCCCCAAUGUGGUUCUUGAUGACACCUUCAGUGGACUAGACGCACAAAGUACUCGUAUCGUUGGCGAGCGUCUAUUUGGGCGCGAUGGGAUCUUCCGACGGACAAGUACAACCGUAGUUCUUGCGACUCAUACUCGAUCCCUGCUUCCGUAUGCGGACGAAGUUAUUCUCCUCGAAAGUGGUCGCAAAGUUCUGCAAUGCACAUACCAGGAAUUGAUCGACCAGCUGCCCGAGUACACACAGUCUAGCCUUGACGACAAACAUGGCGCAGUGAACGCAGAACCCAACGAAAUAACAGAAUCCAAUCCGCUACCAAGGCAUGCAAGUAGCGAAGGAGUUGAAUCCGAAUUUACCGAGUUGAAGAAAAACCUGGCAAGGCGAGAUGGCAGCUGGUCCAUCUACAGCUACUACGCCCGCAAAGCAGGGCUUCCGCAAGUCGGCUUAUUUACCACAUUCUUGCUCGCGUACGGCUUCACCACUCAGUUCUCCUCAAUUUGGUUAAAAUGGUGGUCCGAUGCAAAUGAGGCUCAUCCGAAUUCGGAUGUGGGCAAAUACCUCGGGUUCUAUACGGUCAUUUCUCUGUUGGCCAUUCUUUCCCUUGGGGCCGGUUGCUGGACGUUGAUCGUCGAGAUUGUCGGCAACACUUCGCUAGCUCUGCAUUCAGACCUAUUGAAAUCUGUUCUACGCGCGCCCUUCAGUUUCUUCCAGGAAACCGAUAGCGGAAGCAUCAUGAACCGGUUUAGUCAAGACAUGCAACUCAUCGACUUUGUGCUCCCGACCACCGCAUUAAACUUUGUGGAAGGCAAGCCUCUACCCACUACACCUGACCAAAGUCCUUCCACUAACAUCAUUCAUCCAGCCCUCAGCCUCUGCGCCGUGAGCCUGGUCAUCCUCUGCGUGGUCGGCAAAUACAUCACCAUCGCGCUCCCAUUCGUGUUACUCGCGAUCUGGGUCCUCCAGCACGGCUACCUCCGGACCUCCCGCCAGGUCCGCCUUUUGGAUAUCGAAGCCAAGGCACUCCUAUUCUCCCACUUUCAAGAAACCGUCAGCGGACUCUCGGUGAUUCAGAGCUUGCAGUGGCAACCGCAGUUCCACCAGCAAUGCCUUGCCAAGCUCGACGUCACCCAGAAGCCCUUCUACAUGCUGUUCUGUAUACGACAGGGCCUCAAGCUGGCGCUGGACCUGCUGGUCAUGCUCCUCGCGGUUAUCCUCGUUGUAGUGGUCACCGCCCUGAAGGACCGUUUCAGCGCCGGUGAAAUCGGAGUUGCGCUGAAUCUGAUCAUCUCCAUCAGUCAGAACCUGAACACCGCUGUCGAGUCGUGGACGGAGAUGGAGAUCUCACUCGGGGCAGUGGCGCGCGUGCAGGAAUUUAUGAACGAUACGCCCGCCGAAGCAUCGGAGGGGAUAGAAGCGGGCUGGCUAACUCGCGCAGAGAUCCGUUUCGAGAAUGUCAACGCGGUGUAUAGGUACGUAGAGGGAAAGGAGUCCACGAAUCCUAUCCCUCCCCACAAGUCAAUAGCAAACGCUAAAACCUUUCCUGGUUUUGAUAGUCCUCACGGUAGACCUAUUCUCUCAGAUCUCUCAUUGCACAUCCCUUGCGGCCACAAGAUCGCCGUCUGCGGGCCUUCUGGCAGCGGCAAGACCUCCCUCAUCAUGACCCUCUUGGGCAUGCUGGAACUCUCCCAGGGCCGCAUCACGAUAGACAACGUGGACAUAUCCACCAUCCACCCCGCCGCGCUCCGUGCACAGAUCACUGUCAUCCCACAGGACCCCUUCUUUCUCCCGGGCACGCUGCGUGAUAGCUUCGAUCCCACAGGCACCCUAUCGGAAGAGGGGGUCGUCGCUGCUAUCAGGAAAGUAGGCCUCUGGGAAUCGAUCCGCGGAAAGGGCGGGCUGGAUGCCACCCUCGACGCGCUGGACUGGUCAUAUGGUGAGAAGCAACUGUUGGCGCUGGCCCGGGCCUUGACCACUCCGAGCCCUCUGCUCAUCUUGGAUGAGGCGACUAGCAGCGUCGACUGGGAAACCGAGGGCCAGAUGCUCGAGAUAAUCGAGCAGGAGUGCGCGGCGCAGACGGUGAUUGCCGUCGUGCAUCGGUUACGGCAUAUCGAACGCUUUCAUAGCGUGGCGCUUCUGCAGCAUGGGGCACUGGUGGAGUUUGAUGCCCCUGGGGCAUUGUUGGGACGCGAGUCGGAGUUUCGGAAGCUUUAUACUGCGUCGCAGAAGAGUGGUUUCCAAACCAAUUAG